GUUGUGUUUCGGGGAAUCUUUCGCCCCAAGCUUCUUCACUACGUCAGUGGCUUCCAAUUUGCACAGAAAUCAUUUCAUCGCUGCGUACUCUGUUAAAAUUUCAGGAUGGUCCUUUUCGGCUUCAUUAUUUCUGUAGUGGUUUUAAUACUGUGGUGCUACCUAGACUAUGGCCGUAAGGUGAGAAAAACAGUUCUUCUAAGACAUAUUUAUGUAUAUAUUUCCAUUAAGUGAUCUACAGUCACAGAAGCUCUCGUAAUUUUUAGAUAUUCCACUUUUCCUUUUUUUAAAGUAAUCGUUUUACAAAUACAUGUGAAACAAAUUAGGUAACAAUCAACACGGACCAGGGCAAAUGAGUAGGUAUAUUAAUUUGCUGCGAAAUUUUUACGCCGCUGCAAGUCACGAACAAAUGACUUUAUAUGGUUCGUGUUUUUAUCACAUUAUUUAUAUUUACGGUAAAGCAUAUGAUUCAGAAGUUUCUUCAGCAGAAAACAGUGUCUAAUUUCGUAAUUAGUUUUAGUUCACUGGGGAAAUACUUUCUGAAUCCAGUGCCGUUGUGCCGCUGUUUUUUGAGGGUUUACUAACUAAAGACAUCAGUAGAAGGGAGUUCCGCUUUCGAUUUCAUUCUCAUAAUCCCUAAAUACCUGUAUAUUAAUUACAGUUUUCUCAGAAAAGAAACUGAGUCGAGUAGGUCUCAGCACUCAACAGACGUUCAUGGCACUCCAGAGAAUUAAGUUACACUAUUACACUCAAUUUAAUUACAUACACCGCCACAAUCAGUGAUACUGAACCGAAUGAUUUACGUUGAGAACAUAUACUUUAAAGAUACUUUUUAAACGAAAUUUUCGAAACUUCCAGAUAAUCGGACAAUUCGUGGAACGGGGUAAACAUCAGGGUCGGUUUUUCAAUUUGUGCUUUAAACAGUCUGCACUUUUUAGAUGCAUAUUGCUUCUAUGUUCAGGAUUCGGUUUUCGGUUUUCAACCAAAAUUAAAGCGGAAAUGAAAAUUAUGGGCAAGAAAAAUUAUUUUCCGGCUGCGAUUAGGUUUUUACCCAUAAUUUGUAUAUAAACGAAUAAGCGAUACAAUGCAUCAGUCAAUUCCAGCUGCGCCCAACCUCUCUUAACUCUGAUAGAGGCCAAUGCUGUGUCCGCAUUAAGUACCGCUGCACCGCUAGUGCAUACUGAUUAGUUGCCUGUACACGGUUACAAUCAGGUAGGGGCUGGAUUAUAUAAUAGAUAUGCUGCGUAGAUACUCUUUAGCCGCACACGCUAAUGCCAGCCGUUCAUCCAGUCGAACGUUCUCUACCACCCCUAGGAAUUUGUAGUGUUUUUCUUCCCCAAGAGCCGUGAUGGUAGUUGUCUCGUCCAUCCUCAUACCAGACUCGUCUAGCACUGGGGCUCCCCUCUUCACGUGUACCACUGAGCACUUUUUCUGAUUCCAGUGGAGGCCGAUGUCCUGCAUCGCUCCUCUAGUCUCUUUCAGCACUCGGUUCAGCUUGCUCUCAGGCAGCAAAAACCUUCAGGUCGUCGAUAUACAGGAGAUCGGUGACUUUGACUCCUAUAGGCUUGGAUAACCGGCACGGUAUCCCUUCGUUUCUCGCAGGCGCCACGCUUCUGGGUUCAGGCACAUUGUAAACAAUCUAGGACACAAAGCGUUCCCCUGGGGUAGUCCCUUCAUGAACCUUUUUUUCUAGAACUCUCUCGCGCUUGCCUUGAUGUAGCUACUACUCUAGUAUUCCAGCUCGCACACAACUUGCGUAUGACCUUACCCCGUCAGAUGGGAAGCCUGUGUACGGCCGUCAUUGCGCAUAGCCAAUCAUGGUCGACGGAGUCGUAGGCUUUGCGCACGUCAAUCCAUGCCAUGCUUAAAUUCCGUUUGCCUCUCUGGCAAUCCAGCAUUACUGCUCUAUCGAUUAGCAAGUUAUCCAUCGUACCGAAACACCCUGAUUUCGCUCCUCUUUGCUGGCCUUCCAUCAGGCCAUGAUGUUCAAGGUGUUGGUCCAUUGGUGCCAGGAGGCAAGAUGUAAACCACGUAUACAGGUUGUUCAGACAAGUAAUAGGUCUUUGAUUUUUCACUCAGGAACUCGCCUUCUUUCGGAAUGAGGGAGGCAUAUCAAACUCAUUGCGACAUUUGCCCUAUGUCACAUCGGGUGACCUCAACUUCCGGUAAAAUAGAGCUGAAAACACGCUAUUUUUUGCAGAAUAUUGCCUUUCCUUCUCAAAGUAGGAGAUCUAUCAAAAAUGCACCACCGGUAUUGAACUAAGUGCUAUCUAAGCUACUAGAAGUGAAAAACUUGGGUUAUUUUGUCAAGAUUUCGAUGGGGCAUUUUUAUAUUUUUUUCCGUCGGUUUGGAUGUAAACUUACAGAAGCGUGACCGGUCUUGAAAGUAGCGAGUCGAGAAAAACUGGACUGGCUCGACAGAGCAUGCUCGAAAAAAAAAAUGCACCGCCAAAUUCAAAGAGUUAAAUUAAUUUGCAGCGUUUUGAUAUGUAAUUUGUUGGGAUUCGUGCAGAUUUCGGUGGGGCAAAAUGACUUCGAAGGUUCAUCUUGCUCUCUUUCUUCUCUUCGCUUGUACCGUGACGGUUUCUGCAGUUGAAGAUAAAUUUCAAGGCGAAAAUGGUGAGAAAUUCAGCCAGUAGAACGGUCCUUCGUAUACUUUACGAGAUUAACAAGUAAGUAAUUUGAAGUGAUGAUGAAUAUUUUAAUAGGAGCUUAAUUAUAUUUUCAAACAAUUCGAUUUCUAAAUUUUCGGAUGUUUAAUAAUUCCUCGUUUCUUCUAUUUAUUCCCGCAGCUUUUUAAUUUAUACCAUUUUAAAGGCCUAAGAAGAGACCAGAGAAUCUGCUCUUGCACACAUAAUUGAGAAGAUUUUGAAGGAAUCAGGCAACGAUACAACUGCUCGUUAAUGUUGCCUCUAUCCUCCAGCGAACCUUCCUCGGGGAAAAACAUUUUUCCUAAGUGAACGAAGGGAAAGUAAUUCCUUUUAUUAUCGUAAUCACGCCACUCAUCGUAUUCGUGACUGAAUCCCACGGAAUGAAUUUUUAGCUGUUUUCGCGUCGUAUCCACUUCAACAACCUCAACAACAUACAAAUCCCUGUCUUUUUUGAGUUUUCGUUCCGCUUUCUCCAUCUUUUGUUCACGGAGCUGAGAGAAUUCCUCCACAAAACGCCGUGGAAGACGGCCGGUCGAGCGCUUAUGUUUAUUUGGGAUGGUGAAACGUAUGUAAUACCUUUGCGCACGCCCUGUAGCAUACACUCCAUGUAAUGAUCCCUGAAAAGCAAAUGUCCUCAUUUGUGGGCAAUGAGUUUGAUAUGUUUCCCUUCAGAAAACCACUCGGGCUAAUCUUCGUCGCUCUUAGAAACUUCUUUGAAGCUCUUGACCACACCCUUAUGCAGGGUGCUAGCACGUUUCCAACAAAAGUUAGUGAUUUUAUCAGGCCCUGGCGCACUCCAGUUGCGCUUCGUGGACAGGCCUUUGACGGCUUCCGCUACUUCGAGAACCCAUUCGUCGCCUGUCGGUGGUGGUACUUGCUCGUGGAUCGCGAUCUUUACUUCCUGCAACCAGGCGGCGUUCUUAUUCCCAGUUCCUCUCUCUUCCCACAGCUUUCUCCAAAACCCACUUGCCUCUUCAAUGUUUUCAAACAUUCGCGAAUCACUCUCGAGCACGUUUUCCAGGAUCAUUAUAUCUUGGUCGCUCAUUCUCUGGGUCCCUCUUCAACAUCUCACUCAAAUUCGCAAACACUCUUCCGGGGACCGUUUUAAACUGCUGGUUAAUCACACGCGAGACCUCUUGUUUCUUUUUCCCGUCAAACCCACGUUUUAACUUUCGGAGCUCCGACUUUUUUUUGUCCAUGUAGCUAACCAAACCUGCCACAGAGAUGGUUUUGCAUUUUUGUUGGAGCUGAGACCUAUUUUUCCUUCCUUAUUAUUAUUAUUAUUAUUAUUAUUAUUAUUAUUACUAUUAUUAUUAUUAUUAUUAUUAUUAUUAUUAUUAUUAUUAUAUAAGUCGAGAAGCGAGGCUGGAUAUGAAGGCAGGAGGUUUUUGGACACCAGGAGUAACGGCAUUCUUUGACGUACCUGUAACGCAUGUUAACUCCCCGUCCAACCAGGGCAAGUACACAGCUACGAUCUUCAGAGAGCAAGAAAACGAGAAGGAAAGUAAAUACAACCAGAGAGUGAUGGAUGUAGAGAUGGGAACUUUUACACCGUUGGUGUUUGGUACAAACGGGGGCAUGGGACUCGACUGUCAGAACCUUUUAAGAACUCUCGCAAAUAAGCUUUCGACUAAGAACAAUGAACCCUACGCCAGCGUUAUUUCCUGGCUUCGAAUACAGCUCUCAUUUGCUAUAUUAAGAACUGUACACAGAGGCGUCAGAGGUUCUAGAUAUCCACUCAAAUCACGUGAAGUCUCAGAUAACUUCACUUUCGCUGUAACUGGUCUACAUCUGCACUCAUAACUUUAGGCCUAGAUUUUUGAUAGUUUUUUUCCUAGUAAUGCUUAAUUUUCCUUUUCCCACUUUUAAAUUAUUCACAAUUGUAAACAGAUUUUCUAUCGUGAACAUAUAUUUAGUUUUUAAUUUGUAAACAAUACGAUAUAGUUUAAAAUUGUAAAUAUUACUUAUUGUUUUGAUACUUAAAUAAAGAUUGGUUAUUAUUAUUAUUAUUAUUAUUAUUAUUAUUAUUAUUAUUAUUAUUAUUAUUAUUAUUAUUAUUAUUAUUAUUACUCAGACUCAGGCAGGAUGUUCUGCCUGGUUUAUAGUCCUUGGGAGCGGGUUACAACAAGUCACCACGGGUCCCAGGUCUCUCUUCUUCCGUCACACGACCGUCCGUCCGUCCUGUGGUCCACCGCUACAUGAAAGCUGCGGUGAAAUUUCGCAUUCCAGCUUCUACGCGUUUUGGCGGUGAAUCGCGUGGCCGCCACUCAAUUAGAGAGAAACAGACAACAAAGCCGAGUCUUUUUUUCGACUAAAUGUUUAGUAAGGUCUACACUGAUGUGGAUAACAGGGGAGCUAGAGUGAGAACAAAGGAGACAAAUUUUGUGGGAAGACAAACAAAAAUUAUAUAGUGGUGGUGAGAAAAUGACGAAUUCUAGCGACGGAACACAAGCCAAAAAAUUUUUAUGAGCACAUACGACAUUCCCACCAUAAAACGUGUAACUAGCAAGUUUUACGUUGUAAUUAUGUAACAACAACGGCAAAGAAAUAUACCAAACAAGUGUGCUGCAAUUGCGAGAACGUCAAAAAAGCAAUAGGUUUGAUUAGCAAAACAACAACUUUGCACGUGCAUCACGCUUUUUUAAUUUGUACAUUUCUUUGCCGUCACUGCACGAGUACGGCGUGAUAAUCCCUAAUUUCAGGUUUUGUGAAGGACGUAAACAAGCGACAACGAAUUUUUCUUUCCCCUCCAAAACUUGAGUGUGGUCCGCAAGAAAUCAACUCCAGGGAAAUUCCCUUACAUUUGACAUUUUCAGGGAGUUGGAAUAAGCGCAACAAAGUUUAAGAAAACGCGAAGUCACUUUAAAAGUGACGUUUUCCCUCCCGUCGCCGUCGUCAAUGCUAAAGCUUCAGAUUUCAAGUUUUUUGAUAAAUACAGUGUGAUUUCUUUUGUUUAAACGCGAUAACACUUCACACAAGAGACAUUUUUAUUCUGGCUCAGUUUAUGUGCAUGUUCGUGAUCGAACUAAAAUUUUCAAUAAUCUAAGGUAAAGUGAAUUAGUUCUAUUUGAUUCAAAUAGAAAAAGACUUCAUCAUAGUUCUCGCACAAGCUAUGAUAACGCUUUCUUCGGAGAGGUUCCUUCCUGUACGUUAUCCCACCAGGGGCUUGUUCACCCUGGACAAACCCAAACUUCAAGGUUUAAUUUGCUGGCAGAUUAUUUUUCCCUAAAAUUACAAGCCCUUCCACUAGUACCUAAUGUUAACCCCAAAAUUAGAAGUUUUUUUGCGGUGGUUUUGAGUUUAUAUUGUUUGAGUAAAUUAGAAGUUUAUUAAUCAAAGAGAGCUUCGCUUUUAGCCUUGGCUAAAUCUUGAUAUUAUUAAACUGACUGAUAUCUGGUCGCUACGAGUUUCGCACUCGCACCAUUCAUGACUAGCGUUUUACUUUUAGAGAGAGAAAGAGGAAAGAAAAAGAAAAGAGGAAAGUCAGAGGGUAAGUUAUUUGAAAGACGUAAGUAGUAAAAAGCAUAAACUCUUUCCAUGCCAUGCUCUGGUAUUCCUUCCGGUAGGUUAUCAUUAUCACCACCACCACCACCAUCAUCAUCAUCAUCAUCACUAUUAACAUUGUCAUCAUUAUCAUCAUCAUCAUCAUCAUCGCCAUUAUCAUCGUCAUCAUUAUCAUCAUCAUCAUCAUCAUCGCCAUUAUCAUCGUCAUCAUUAUCAUCAUCAUUAGCAGCAGCGGCAUCAUCGUCUUCAUUAUCAUCAUCAUUAUAGUGAUGAUUUUAGGACUUUGCGACCUUGACCUUGAAUGGUUCCUCCGAAGGCACAAUUGUUUUAUUUUCCGGCCAAAAGGCAUCACAAGUAUAGAAGCUAAGAAGUUUACUAAAAAUAAACUGAUGACCGGGAAAGGUUUAAAUGGGUCCUUAUGAAGUUAUUUUUUAAGUCGGUGAAGUCCUUUAGUCAACAAAGCUAGUGGUAGUUAUAUAAUUACGAAUUCUGCGAGUAAUCUAGAUACAAUUUAAGACGAUCAAGACUUACCACAGACCUUUUUAUUUCCUCUUUUUUCCGAGCGAUUGCAAACGCCACGAUAUCUAUUACAUUAAACGGUACUUGCGAAGGGUAAAUUUUGCAAAAUUCAAAGUCAAAUCGAAAUAUGAAAGGCUGUAUUCAGUUGCUUAACGUGAAAUUCGCGUCACUAGUAAUUAUACAUGUAAGUAAUAAUAAUUUUUUUUUGGAAUUUUUUUUUGAGUACCCCUACUACCUACCAGGUCCCGUAGUCUACCCAAUUACUUUUCAGAUCGAAAUAUCGAAAUAUUUGGAGAACAUUUUGUCGAGAGGGCAGUGAAUUGAAAUGGCGAUAAAAGAAAUUGACGAGAUUUCUUCUGGUAGAAGACAAAUUUAAUUCCUAACAUCUCAAGUAUCGCAUCUAAGAUGGGGUCACAACAAGGUCCCGCGUGUGUUGCACGUUUCCGCUGUAACUUUAAUUUUGAUUGGCGCGUAGAACAAUGUUGAACCUUGGCUGUGAGGUAUAAUAUAGGGGUAUGGGGAAACUAAAUUUAAAAAUAGGUCCGCAUGGCGUACAUAUCUCUAGUGCGAAUUUAUAACAUUGAGAAAUAUGGUCGUAAUGGAAAGAGUUAGUUUGGUCCGUGCUGCUCUUGUUGAAAUUCCUUAAUGUUCUGUUUUCAAAGUGUAUGAGAAAGAGAUUUUGUUCGAGUUUCACUGAUUUGUUUCUUUGAAUAGCCUCUGCACCUACGGUGUUGGCUCUUUGUAGCAGGAACUUUGCCUUUGCCUUUGAUGAGGCCAUUCUUUACCCCUAUAAAAUGAGAAGUGUGUAUUCUGAAAUAAUCCAGCUCGCUUGAAAUGUGUUCCUAGAUCCGAGAAUGCUUUAACACUUUCCCCCUUUGAACACUGGAACGCACAUACCCUACGCGAUUGAGGCAAGAUAUUCCACGAACUGAACAAGCUGGCUGAGUCAGUUGUUAAAGGGACUUUUGUGGAGCUUCCCGCUAAGCGACCCGAUUAGAGGAUCGACGAGCUUAUUCUAUGCGUGAACGAAGCAUGGUCCGCGCAACUGACCAGAAUUAUUCGCCAUCUUAGUCCAAAAAUGAGCAAAGUACAUCCGUGGAUGGUUUGCCUCGACCUUUCCAUGCCUUAUGAGGACUUUGCAGAUCUCUUGAACAAGGAGAUUCUUGGUCUGACAAGAUUUGGAAUUUGACCAGUUUGAAGAUUGUGGUGGGUUUAGAAAGCAACUUGGUAAAGGAAAAGGAGAGGCAAAGUUUAUUGUGAAAUCUUAGAAGAAGGAAACAAUGGUCUACAACGCUAAAGAUGAGAUUUUAAUUUUUUUUAAUGGAUACUGGAAUUCGUCAUUGAAUUGAGGAUGCAAGGUGGAAUCAUAGAGUAACAGGUAUCUCCCUAAUAGUAAAAAUACCUCAUUGACAAGAAGUCAUCGGUGUUGGAACAUUUUUUAACUCUGCUUAUAAUCGUUCUCUUCUUUCCCUAAGCAGAUAACAGUUCAUUUUUCUUUGAUUUUUUACUCGAAAUACAUAAACAUAUACACAUUUGUUUAUUGUUUAUGUUUAUAUAUCAAGAAUCAUGUUUACACUAUAUUUUAAAGGAGGGAAUUCAAAUGCCAUUGUGCAAGGCAAUGACAGGGCUGGGUUUCUGCAGUGGAUUCGAAAUAUUCCGUUGAAUAAUUAUAAGAAUCGAUGUUCAUUUAACCAAGAACAUAUACUGUUAGAAUUGAUAUCUAUUCGACCGAAGAAAACAACGUCACUAAUAACAAUGAAGAGAAUACUGUAGUUUUCAGCAAUUAGCCUGUGUGUAGCUGGCGGGAUAAGCGUGGGAGUGCUGUAUUGUUUUGGCGGUGGUGCCGCGAGAAGGGUGGGUAUGCAAGUCAAUUUGAAGUCCCGCCCGCCACAAUUCUUGGGUAUUUUGAAUAGUUCACAGUCAGGCUUAUGGGAGUUUCUAAUAGGCUGAGAGGUGAUAAAAUGCCAAUCAAAUGAUAAUUAAUAUCUCUUCUAUCUCUCAAGGGAAAGUUAGUGCGUUCAUGUGGAAAUGAAUCAAAUUUAGCAAGCUAUAAACAGGCUCCACUCCACUCCGCAAUAAGAUUUCCGCUUGAAAGAAAUCCUCGAAAGGCAUUUUUUUGAGGGAAAUAGAUCUCAAAACUUAACACCUGUCUUCUGCUAUCCUUUAUUUAAAAAGAAACUAAUCUCUUUUUAUGACACGAAAUUGGCUGUAUAACAAAAGCACAUCAGACAAUAAUGCCUUUUGUCACGCAGUGCAAACUCCCUGAUCCAUCUGAGCUCAACAUCAAAACAACACUUGAUCAUUUAAAACUUGAACCUAGAGAUACGGAUGGAGUAUGCUGUGGAGGAUUCUUGUUUUAGACUGAGCAAAUGUUAUCUUUGCCCAUUGAGAGGUCAUGGGACCGAUGUGUUUCCUGUGCUUUCCAGCAUUGAUUUCCUGUGGUUUUUGUCUCUGGCAGAAUUUGACCUCUGAAGCAUUUUAGGGAAUUUUUUGACCUCUUUUGAAGCAUAAAAAUUUUUUUAUUUCGGCUAAAUGACCGUUUAAUAAAGGAUUUAGUUUCUCAAGUUUGGAGUAACUGCAGAAUAUCCUGCCUGGAUCCUGGAUAACUUUCAACAAAUAGUUGUUUUGUUCGUGACUUGAUUGUUACACUUGGCCUGACUCAUUUGCAGGUCAGUUUCGUGUUACAAAGCUCUUCAUGAUUGGAUAAUCAAAUGGUUCCAAACAAAGUGACAAAAGUGGGCGGCAUUCAAAACUCGUAAGAAAUGCGGCUGGCAGGAUUUUCCCUUGCGGCUUCGCCGCUCAAUUCGCAUGGCGGCUCCGCUGCCAAAAAAGUUCCCCAGGCUCAAGAUUCCCGCAGGCUACACAGGCUAUCAGCAAUGAAACAUCAAGCUACACUCCGAAAAGAAAGCCUCAAAAAUCAAAAGUCAGAAUUGGUCACCUGAACGUGGUCUUCAUCUUUGAAGACCAGGAAUCGUCUAGUUCAGCUAUUAAAAAGAUCACUUUUUCAAGAGAAUGAACUUGAUGUCUUAGCGGGUUCUGAAUCGUGGCUUAAUUCUUCAGUGAAAAACGCCAAGGUAGAGAUGAAAUUUCCAGACUGGAUAGACAGAAGAAAAUUGGUGUUCAGUGUACAUGUAUGUAAAUACACACGUGCUUCCUUAAAAACAAAGGUGUCAAAAGACCUGACCUCUGAUUUGUCGGGCUUCCAGCAACUGCGGCUACAAGUACAACACAUGGAAUAAUUAUUUGUUCUAGGUGAUUUAAACUGUGAUCUGUUAAAGAGCUGCUGUGAAGGAAACACUCAGAAGAUUUGUGUGACACCUUGAACCUUAAUCAGCUUCUAAUUUUACCAACCAGAGAUACGCCGCACAAUCACCUUCUUUAAUUGACGUUAUUUAGCAACAAAAAUUAAACGCCAUUGUUUUCAAGGAAACUAGAGUAGGGGUUUCUGGUUCGGCACUAUAAUGGUUUAAGAGCUACAUGCAUGAUCGCCAGAAGUACGUACAAAAUGUCUGGAAUGCAUAAAUCUACACACGGAGUUCCCCAAGGAUCCAUUCUGGGACUGACCUUAUUUAAUGUGUACAUCAGCAAUUUGCCUGGCAUCCCAGUUUAUUGCUCCUUGGAAUCCUACACAGAUGAAUCCAAAUUACAUCUAUUAUUUCCAGUCAAGGAUAUCAACAGUGCAGCUCAACAAAUAACUGAAGACCUGAAGAAAGUUGCCUUGUGGUGUUGUCAAAAUAGCCUUCUAAUCAACCCCGAUAAAAUUAAAUUGCUCUUAAUCGGCACCCGUCAAAUGCUGCAAAAUGUGCCUGCAGAUCUGGAUUGACAUGUUACUUUAUUGGUGAACGAGUUGCCCCCAGUUCCUUUGGCAAAGGAUCUUGGAGCGCAUAUGGAUGCUACAAUGUGUUUUGAUGACCACAAAAAGUAUUUCAUCUUCUUGAUUGUCGAAUUUAUGUCAAAUUAAUAGACUAAAACAUCUUUUAGACACAAACACUUUAUUAAAUGUUAUCAAUGCACUAGUCUUUAGCAAACUCUACUACUGUUCCUUCAUUUGGUCUAGUAGAACGAACAAGAAUAUCAAUAAAUUACAGCAUGUUCAAACCUUCGCAGUUAGGAUCAUAACCCUUUUGUGUAAAUUUGAUCACAUCAUUCCUGUUCUUAGAGAACUAAGAUGGCUGCCUGUCUCAUCCAUGCUUAUCUAUAGGGACGGCAUACUGGCUUUUAAGUGCUUUAGGGGAUUGACUCCAGACUAUCUGGCUAAAAAAGUUAAAACGAGGUCCGACAUUCACAACAGAGACACGCGUAACAAGAAUAAGAUAGACAUUCCAGGGUACAGAACUGCCUUAGGCCAAAGGACCUUCCAUUAUCGGGCCGUUUCACUGUGGAACGCCUUACCCAAAAGGUGCACUAGCUUAUGCGUUAUUUAAAAUCGUUUUAGUAAGCAGUCUAUUUUUAAGACAGGGUUACUUAUUAUUUUUUGUUUUUGUAACGAAGAAAAUUAGAGGCCACCUACCUCAAUCAUCUUUUAGAAGACACUCCCUUCACAACUCAAUAAAUACAGUACCACAAGUGAAGAGUAAAACAAUAUGCUUUUCGUCUCUCACCUAUAUUUCGACCGUGUUAAACGGCCUUCGUCAGUGUGAAUGGCCGUUACAAGCAUCACACUCCAUUAUUACAUGUUAUUAUUCAUUCAAAAUAUUUUCCCGAUUCUGAUUGGCUAAAAGCACACGUUUAAUUCACCAUAACCAGUUAAUGAUGACCAAAUUUGGAAGAAUUUUGUGUUUAACGAGGAAAUGACGUCAAAAAUGCAGGGUUUUCGCAGGUUAAGGCACCGUUAACCGAGAAUACCUGGGGACGAGGUUGAGGUGUUUUGCUUGUGAACUUGAAAAAUGGCGGACAUUUCACUCGAUUCAAGAGUAAGAACUAGGCCAAAAAAUAGCUAAAAACAUGGCAAGAACAGCAAGAAGACAACUCGAAGAGCGACAUCUGCUAUUUGGACAAUAUUUGCGGAGCUGCACAAACCUAAACGUGCACUAUCGAAGAUGAACUUAACAUCGAUGGAUCGAGGGGGGUAAGCAUGUUUUAGCCAUGUUUUUAAACUAGGAAUUAUUUUGAAUGAAUAAUAAAACAAUUAUUGAUUCGGCUUUCGUAUCAUAUGAAGAAUUAUGGAGAUCUCGGAGGGUGUUAUCCGCCUCGGCCUACCGCCUCGACGGAUAACACCCUCCUCGAUCUCCAUAAUUCUUCAUAAGAUACUCAGCCUCAUUCAUUAAUUGUUAAAUAACGAACAAAUUUGAAAACUUGCACACGCUACAAAGGAAGAUAAACACGCGCGCGCUCUUACCGGACGCGAGACCUAGUCGUCCUAUUCUGGCUGUAAAUAAAAAAAAUCACUUAUAUUCAAGCCCUGAGGCUGAAUACAGUUCAACCUAUAGGCCCACUAGCCUUCUUUAUCCCGGAGAGCUGAUUCUUACCCGGACACUCUGUCAAUUAACCGUAUACUGACAUCCUCAAGACCGUGUUGUCCCGGGCCAGAAAAAUGUCUAUAUAGAAGAUCAUCCUUGUUUCUACCCUCAAAAGAAAGCCUUGAAUGCGCUCUAAAACGGGCCUUAUGAUUGUUAAACCUAAGCCUAAGUUUUGUUGUUGUUGACCCAACGUACUGCGCAUGACAAACCUUACCGGACAUCAAGUAGACAACAUUACUACUAUUACAGUCCAGUUCGUAGUUAAUUGUAUAGCUCUUUCCAGUUCUGUAAGAGGUAAACCUUUCGUCCGGUUCCAGGUACUUACAGACCUGGCAUCGUCUGUUACCACACACCACUGUCCCCUUCGAGCUCCGCUCCAGACGCGUUGACGGCCUAAGUUUAGCGUAUACUAGGUAGUCCCCCAGGCUCUUGGGUCUUUUAAUGCCACGAAGGGUACGUCUUUGAUGGCUUUCCUGCAUUUUUCUGAGCAAUGCAAGAGCGGCUGAAGUUCUCGUAAGAUGCUACCAAUGUUAGGAAGAUUUGGAUGGUAUGUCACUACCGUUGGCACUCUGUUAGUAGCAUUCCUAGAGCUUGGUGCCAAUGUUUCCUCUCUGGUUUUCAAUCUCGCUCUCCCAAUUUGCUUUAAAACAAAUGCUUUUUUAUAUCCCCUGGCUACAAGAAACCUGCAUAGAUCAGUAGUCCUGUGAUUAAACCAAUCCAGCCUAGAACAUAUUCUUCGAAGUCUCAAAGCCUGGGCAUAUGGUAUGUUUUCCUUACACAUCCGGGGAUGACACGAAGUGUGGUACAGAUACUGGUGUUUAUCCGUCGGCUUUAUGUACAAAUCAGUCUCUAUUCUUCCAUUGUUAUUUAUUACCUGAACAUCCAGGUAAUUAAUCCUCUCUCUAGACCAGUCCCAAGUGAACUUAAUCGUGUCAAGGGCUUCAUUGAUAUAAUUCAAAAACUCCACCAGCUAAAGCUCGGUCCCCGUCCACACCAUAAAAACGUCAUCGAUGUAUCGUAAACAGAUGUAAGGUUUUACCUGCGCCGGGGAUAACAACCUUCUCUCCAGUCUAUCCAUAAACAAAUUCGCAUAAGACGGUGCCAUUUUCGUACCAAUAGCCGUCCCCAAAGUGUGAAGAUAAUAGUUUUCAUUAACUUCAAAGUUGUUAUUCCUAAGCACCAACUCUGCCAGGUCUACAAUUGUCUCUGUCGGUAUCUCCGGGUUCUCUCGAUUGUUUAGAGCCUCCCUGAUAGAUUGUAGUCCUUAUGUUGAUAUAUAGUAUAUUGAAAAACAGAAAAAAACUACACAGUUUUUAUCCCUACAAGCCUGUCUCGUGAUUGCUCACUCUUCAGGGGAUUUAAAUGACAUGAAUAUUCAUAACGGUAGUUCCUAUUCCAUAAGAUUUACAUAAUCAAUGAUGCGGUUAAUUCAAAUUAUAGAAUGUUUACUUGUUACGUAACGUUACGAUGCUGCCCUCCGAGUUGUCUUCUUGCUGUUUUUUUGGGUAUGUUUUUAACUAUUACUUCCCCUAGUUCCAGCUGUAGUUCUUACUCUUGAAACGAGUGAAGUGUCGGCCAUUUUUGUUUUCACAAUUGUUUUCACAACCAAAACAACUCAACCUCGUCCCCAGGUCUUCUCGGUUAACGGUUCAUUUACUUUUUGAAGGCUGCAUUUUUGACGUAAUUUCCUCGUUAAACACAAAAUUCUUCCAAAUUUGGCCAUCGGUAACUGGUUAUGGUGAAUUAAACGGUUGCUUUUAGCCAAUCAGAAUAGGGGAAAUAUUUUGAAUGAAUAAUAAUUUGAUAUAUUUUUUUUAUGUUUAUUGAUGUAAUUACUCUGAAAAGGCAUCCAUUGAAAGUAAUAAAGUUAUUACUAUUAUUAUUAUUAUUAUUAUUAUUAUCAUCAUAACAGGCAUUGUCGUGCACAGCUUCAGGCGCAUCAGUUGAGGACUCCAGAACACUAUCAAGCGUGGCUGCAAAAGACCAACUGACACACACAUCCUCUGGUGAUAUGAUUCAAAUGUCCAUUCAUUAUUUAGCUGUUGGAAAAAAGUUUUUCGGAGAACAAACCAGUAUUUUUAAAUAAUUUGGGUUGUCAUUUGAGUUCAAACGUACAUUUUUUUUCAUUAUUUCCAAAACGCUUUUUGAUUCAUCAUUGCCGUAGUUAAGGUGUUUCCUUUUGUAUAGACUUUAUUUAAAGUUUUAAUUGCCUGCGUAGAUUAGCAUAACAGUUUGCGGGGCAUAAAGUAUUGUAAACUUUAUAGUUCUGUAAAUAAAUACAUUGUAGUUGUUAUAACUGUAAGCGUGACCUCAUUUUUGAUGGAAACAGAAGGCUGGCAAAGGUUUCUACUCUUUGAUUUUAAUAAAAUUAUAUCUAUUUGUAGUCUUCACUUGAAUACGUUUUUUCAAAUUACAUUUUCCAUUUUCUUAAGGUGGUGUCUCCUCAAAACGGGGAGAUCAACAGGCAAUACCUCUGUGCCUACCGAACAAUUGCACUUGGGAUUCUGAGACAGGUCAGUGCCUUCAAACAGAAGAGAAACGUCGAUCCCUGUAUGUAGUGAAAGAGUCCCUUGAACAACUCAGCAAAAUAAAAGGUAAAUCAGUGCCACCAUAUCAUUUAUUAAAGCUUCCUAUUUGUCAAUUGAGAUGAUUGAUAAUGGUAAUUGAACCGAGUAAAGUGCAAUUUGGUCUGAAAUCAUACGCAUGAUUUUAAAAUCAGACGAGUAUGCAGCGCCAGUUCGAUUUAAAAUCACAAUUAAUAUUUCAGACCACAAUUGCACGACACGAAGUUCAAUUACCAGUUUAUUACAGCCAUUUUGAAAUCGCUGAAUUCAGCCAGUACCAAAUUAUAUUGAUCUAGUCGUCGGUUUGUUGAAAAGUGUAAGCAAAAAGGCCGUUUCAUCUCAUUUUGAUGCGACUAUAGAGCAAAAAUGUUGUAAUUUAGAACAAAAAUGACGCGAUUUAGAACAGAAAGACGCAACUUAGAACAGAUGUCAUUUAGAGCAAAAACUGAGGCGAUUCGUGAAUAAUUAUCACACUGCUGAGAGCCAAUCGGAUUGCAGGGAUCACCAGUGAUUACAAAAUGGAGAUAAUAAAAUGUGAUGCUUUAAUAAACUAAUUAAUGAGAUUUGUUGCAUAUAUGAUUUAACUUAAAGGAAAUGAACGAUGCACUUUAUUAACGCGAUUUUUAAAAAAAUCGCGUUAAUUUGCUGCAUCUUAAUUUACGUCGAUGUUAAUUGCGGUCGACGAAGGAGAACGCCUACUAUUCGUGUACCGUACAUGAUGUAAUAACUGUUCCGUAUGCCAUGCGAUUUCACGAUUUAGACGCCAUCUUGGACCGGCCUGGCACAUUUUGUCUCGAUCUCAUGUCUUCAGUUUUUUCACCCGGGAGCUGGUAUCUAUUUUGUGACACUUGUUCGCAAAUGAAACGUGAGCGAUUUUCUGUUCACUACAGGUUUGUUUAUAGCUUUUCUCGCAGUUUUCAAUUAAGUUUUUUUCUAUAGGAAAAUUUCCAUUCUAAGAUAAUCGGAUAUGUAGAUGUUAUGUCAACAAUAUGUUCUGCACACUGUAUUUGCUUUCAUGAAUCCAAGCAAGAUCAGCUUAGAUCGACCAGAUUUAAUUCUAUUACAAAUUACAUCUUUUCGCUUUUAAAAGCUAUUUACAGCGUUGUAUUUGCUUUUGUUUGUCACCAUUUUUGAAAAAUAUACAAGAAGUUGAACAGUGAAACGUUGACCUUUACAUCUCACUAAUUCCGGGUGCGUUGUAUUUUGAAAACAGUGCUAAGUAGGUGAGUCGUGUUAGCCUAGUGUCACGCAAAAAGGGUUUAAAGUGAUGAGCGACGCUUAAACUUUUCAGAUAACUUCAAUUUUUAGCCAAUUUUAUGGACCAUCCUGCAGUGCAAAAGAAUAUCCUGAGGAUCAUAGUCAGUGUUUGACCUGUUGUUACUUUCAUGUACUUUACUUAGAGGUUUAGUCAAGUAAAUGUAAAAAGUACAGUACGCUCUUGCAUUUUUAAGGGAAAAUGACAUAGUAACGAAUUGUAAAGUGGGAGGAUAAACAAUAACAUUGAUAAAGACAGCUGCUGAUAGCGGAGCUCCCGCGCGCGAAGCGCGCGCGCAGCGGAGCACCAUGGGUAAGAAAAUUUGGUAAAACCAUCCAUCCCAGAAAAUUUGGUUAUGACGUAGCGUACGCCCGUCCGUACACACACUUCAUGUAAGCCGAUGUCAAAUGUCACAAUAGAUCUUGCACAACUUGACUAGCCUCUUAGUUAUGUAAGCCAUCCGUAUGAGUACGAUUAGAUUGACAGCUGUCAAAAUCAGACAUCCGCUGACAAUUAUCACAUGACCGUCUCGCGGGCUCAGAUAAAAGACCAGUCGUUUUGCCCCUAUAUAUAAGCUGAUAUAAUAUGUCACACUUACCAAUUCAACAUAAAAACGAAACUACGCCGAGCAAGGCUGUCAGUUGGCUGACAGUCGUUUAAAGUUACAUUGGCAGGCCAAAUUAAGUUCAAUUGACAGCUGUCAAAAUGGGACAUGUGCAGACCGCUAUCAGAAAACUAAUAACGAGGGCUCAGGUUCGCUCAGGUUCACGAUCUGGCAUUUUCCACUACAUGGUGUACGGAAAUGUCCUACUCACACUCGUAGUCUGUUAAUUCGAAUAUUCGCCAUUCUAAUGAAGGUUAAUUGACAGCUGUCAAACUAGAGUAUACGCUGACCAUCAUCACCUGAGUGGAUCGCGGGCUCAUGUUACUAUCUAUUGAGGUCACGUAGUGUUUAAAGUUUUGCGCAGAUAUUUUAUUUGAUCACGGGCUCAAUUCGAAGCCCCAUAGCUUUAUAGAAAAUCUAUCCAUCCUAGAAAAUUCGGCAAUCACGUGACCGUACACCGACCACCCGACCCUCCGUCCGUCCGCACCACAGGCAUACCAAUGUUUAAUCUCACACUUUCUAGCUAGUUUGGGAGCCUGCAACCCGAUAUUGUACAUCCAUGUUUUGAUUAAUUGACAGCUGUCAAAACAGUGUUUCUGCUGACCAGUAUCGCCUGACCGUAUCGCGGGCUCAGGUAUCGACCCUCUGAGCUCGAGUAAUAUUUUGAAGGUAUUCGCUGACAAGUUGCUACUUUUCAAAUGAUCGCAGGCUCAAGUUCAAUUUUUUUAAAAUGCAUAUGAAAUAAGUCGUGUUUCAUGAGCCGCAUUUUUAAAAUGUUGAUUUCGAACUGAUCUCGGACACGAAAAUUCAACCGGCUUUUACAUUUACAUGCAGGGAAGGUAAUCGCUUUUGACUUUUCUCACUGUCACACGUUGAUCACGCUCUAGGUCCAAUUUUAAUGUUCUGAUUGGUCAAAAUUUGACAGGUGAGUUUAUGCGGAAAAUUUUUGCAGCGUCUGGAAACUUGCUUACUGAUAGCUGGAGCUGAGAGAGUUUUGUGUCAUGUUGUGAUGUUUUAAACUGUCUUUUUCUACUUGGUGUACAAAAUGAAAUACAGCUGCUAUCAAGAUUGUUCUGUAAUUCGUGGCUGGUUUGUUUAUUGCGCUUUUUGUUGACAAAUGCACCGCUUGUCAAAGUCAUUGGAAAUCCGAUUUCGGAUGGCAUCGUUUUCAAAAAUGAGCUUACUCACUUGCCUUUGCUUGAGGCGUAAGAAGGUUGAAAAGUCUCAAGCGAUUCUGGAACACUUGAUGACCUUCAGAAGCAGCAUCUCGACUGGUAAGGUUGAGCCAUUAUUGUUUUUUUAUGUUUUUUUUUUCGGUUUCCUGAAGUCGAGCGUAUGGUUUAUGCGGCUUAAGUUAAAACACGAGCAAUGAUCUAACUACAAUAGUAUCAGGUUUAAAAAGCCUUUAGACAUUUUUUGACCAGCAAAUUCAAAGAAAAGGUUCCGAAGAUUAUUUAGUUAUGAUUUUGGCUGUAAACAGAAAGUUCUGAGCGAUUUUCUUGCCUCGAGUUCAUCUUGAAAAAGAGCGAACACCGGGAAGCCGGCUUAAAACAUAAAUAAGCUUAUGCUUGCCUGACUCAUGAUUUUCUGAGACACUUUACUCUCAAUACUUCUCUUCGUGAAUGAAAAUUAUUGCCUCUGUACAUGUUUCACCGAAUUAAACUUAUUUUAUUGAUUUUUAGUAGUCCCUCUCGCAAUUUUCAUUGCUGCACCGGUUGUUUCCAGUCGAACAUAAACAUCGCAUGUAGGAAUACUCAAAACGCCGCGCGUAAAUAUCACUCGCUUUUAAAGAUUACACAACAAAAUCAUACACAGUUUCAUGAAUAAAGGGAAAUAAAACCUAAACAUAACAAUUUCUCUAUCAUGUUGAAGCGUAAAUGGUAACUCUAUUAAUCGCACUGCAAAUUUGGUGCCUGUUAAAAGUGAGAACCCCUUCCGGCUGGCCGAAAAGUGAUUUUGGGAAUUUUUUUUUAUCGUUUUCAUUAAAAGCCCAUAAUUAUUACCCCGCAUAUCACAUAGGACCAGAUUUUUCUAACAGAAAACGUUUUAUAAUUCAAUGCUAUAAUUUGUUGUGCAAUGGAAGCGCGUGCUUUGAUCGUCGUGGAUAUUGAAUGAGUGCAAAUUCUCUUGCAAAAUUGUGAAAAACUGCAGAAUUUAAUAUAAGUUUAAAUAGGGCAAAAAAGAACAAAUUCUGUCUGAGGUCUGUGUACUGUUUACCUGAGACGUGAUGAGAAAAAGUAUGUUUAAAAGGCUGGUUUACACGCCACCAGAUUCGUCGCCAAGAUUUACUAGUAAACUAAACUUGUCGAACACAAAAAAUCCGGCCUGAUUUUUAUUUUGGCCUUUCUUUUAGACAGAGGAAUGCAACGUGUAAAUUGGCUGCCACCAAGGACUAUCGUGGCGCAUGUGUUUUUAAAAUUAUAUUUCGCGGUUGUCCAAUUAUCCAUAGUCUCUCUAACGGAGCAAUGUUGGAGAGACUGGUGAAUGCCACAUUAUGAUGCUACAGCUAAUGCAAAUACAAUACACGAAUAGGUCUAUUUGUUUUCCAGGCCUAAUCUACUGUGAUCGAACAUGAUUGCUAUUUUUCGGUGUACAAAUAACUUGAUGUAAAAUUUGUUUCACUCUUGGACGGUCGAAUUCUGAUUUUUCUCUAAAAUCACUCAGCCUUUGCCUCAAAAGUCAAAUGAAUGUGCCCUGAUCUGUGGAUUACAAGUUUAUUGUUUGUUUUAAAUUAUGAAUUUAUUAACGGGAGCUUCGCUUUUAGCCCUGGCUAAAUCUAUAUAUUAUUCAUAUUGAUAAAAGCGUUUGAUUUUGAUUUCUCAAUAUUGCAAACCCAUCAGGUUUUGCACCCCCUUCUCCCUCGCCCUCCCCAUUGAACGCAUCUCCCUUAAUUUGCAAUUUGCAAAACCGUAACGGAUCUAUCUCAAGCAAAUUUUGCCAAAAGUGCGACUUACCUAAUUCAUCACUGGCACUGACUCAGAAAUUGAGCCAUAUUCCAAUCCCUGAGAUGCAGAAGUCCAUAAAAUUCCAGUAAAUGUGCUUUAGAAACUGCUGGUAUGCGGCUAUUUUUGAAUCCCAUGUUACCAAUCCGAAGCUCAAAACAGGUGAAACUGUGUCACGUUUCGAGCUAAAUACUGUAGCUCGGUAAAACAACCGUCCAGAGGUGAAAGUUUGCUCGAGAAUCAGAAAAUCAGCCAGGCAGGUUUCAGCUCUAAAACCUCGAAUAAACCUUCUAUUCAACCGGCUCUGCAAGGUCAAAUGCAGGUUGACACGUAAACCGGAAACGUCGAACCCAGAAAUAAGGAAGACCGAAAAUGCGGAAAUCCGGAUCAUUUACACCUGCCUGUAACUGCGUCAUCAUGCGUGCAUUCUUAUAUCAAAAGAAAACAAUAUUUGCCAAUGGGUCAAUUACACCUUACCACAUUAACAGAUCACGCCAAUAUAUGUUUACAUAUCUGGGAGGUUCAAACUUUUUGCAAACAGCUGUAUCAUCUGUCUGGAUUUGUUGAAACGUGGCUAAAGAAAUUUCAAGUGCAUUUUAACUAUUUGACAUCUAAGUGGAAUGGGAAGCAGUUAAAAGUCACUACCUGAAGCUAAAAAAUGACAGCAUUGUUGCUGGCAAUAGACGGUAAAGUUCUCUCGCAGAAGUAACAGGAUUUUGCGAUGACAUAUAAAACAACAUUUGAAACGUCCAGAAAUUGUAAUCUUCUAGUAGGUCAAACCGUGGGGCCCACAGCUCAGUGUCGGCCGAAAACAGAUGAAGAAUCCACAAUCAUUGAGCACAUAAUAGGCUUUCUAAUAGAAAAUCACCUAAACUAAACGUUCAUGAAGUGUUUCUAUGCUUGGCACAAAGUAUUCUGGUAACACGAGCUCAACCGCACAUACCUGAGAUUUGUCUGUCAACACUUCCGGUAAAUCACACAAUAAAUGACUUUCGCGACAAUCACAACACUUCCGAAAACCACUCAUAAUACUUCCACACUUAACACGGGGGAAACAUCGUCAAAAUACUCCGUAAAACUCUCGCUUUCUCCACAUAAAUCGUCACAUGGAACUUUUCUCGACUCACUGACUAUUUAUUUAUUCAUGAUCCCGGAUGUAAACCAGCGGUUGAAAUGGAGACAUACAGCCCCCGCCUUCCACAUAAUUUUUUACUAAGUCUUUGUCCUGGUCAGAAAUCAGCAUGAAUUUCCAUCUUGCCGAAUAGAUUUCAACCCUAGAACCUACUUUGUGCGGCCAAAGACUUGUUACUGCCAACAACAAAGAUCGCAAUAUCCCAUGUCUCAAGCCCGGGAUCAGUCUUUCACCCGUGUAGCCCGAAAUGAGACGAAAUACUAGAGGAUAUUGGACCCAGUAGAUUUUGCCAGGCGUGAGAAUGGUUUCUUCAUAAGGCUUUAAUGAUGCCUUCCGGAAAACUUUGCUCAAGGCAGCCAAAAAAACUCUAAGACAACCCACUAUGAGAGCCGAGUUCAGUCUAAUACGCGCGCUGAUUUCAAACUGACAUACAGAGAGAAUCAUGGGAAGUUAUGAAAAACAUUUUGUUUUGAGGGGGGGGGGAGGGGGGGAAUAUGUUAAUAGCCAGUGAGAAACCCAUCAAAGUCUAUCUACUGUGGCCUCUCCGGUACAGAUUAAAUAAAUAAAAAGUAACUAUCAAAAAAAAAAAAAAACAUGCUCCACUACAUUGACUCAGUCAGAGGGUAUAUAAGAGAGAUUUCUGUAGCCAUGUUUUUGCAAAUCCAGACAGAUAUAUAUACACUUGAAUGACAAAAAGAUCUGCAACUAUAUAAUUAUAUAUGUAUAUCUGUGUAGAUUUCAUACAAGGUGCCUGUACUGCAACUACUCACCCUCCCCACCCAAGAAGCUUCUGACUAGUCAAUCACUUCCCCCAAGCUCUGCUAGUAGUGUUAUGAUUAUGAGUCACAGCAUUGAUUUGGCUGGGCUAGCCCACAGGAAAAAUUCUCUGACUUUGCACCGCUUUCUGACAUGAAACUCUAGUCAAAGUGACAAAAUUUCCCCUCCCUACCCUCCUGGUUUACACACAAAACAAGUCAGCCACCCACCCACGGAUAGGUCUGGGCCUAGGCUCUCUGCUGACACCUAGCAAGACGGCAAGCCCCCUGUUUUUUGUUUUUUUUUUUCGGCUACACUGGCUUGCACACGGGCGAUGCCCGUGUUCAAGCGAAAACUUAGCGGGCACCUUUUAGCAAAAUCACACAGAAAAUAGCCUGAAUAUCUCUAGCCCAAGUACAAUCUCUUAGCUUCUGAAAACAUUUGCUAGCCCGGGGAGUAGCAAUUGCAUUCCCGGGCAAUAAAUUCACCACCGGGCUUAGAUAAGCAUUUAAUAUCUGUGUGGAUUUCAUACAAGGUGCCUGUACUGAGUCUUUAGACAGCCAAGUCAAAGGAGAAACUACUCACCCUUCUCACCCAUGAAGCUUACGACUAGUCAAUCACUUCCCCUAAGCUCAGCUAGUAGUGUUAUGAUUAUGAGCCACAGCAUUGAUUUGAUGGGCGAUGCCCGUGUUCAAGCGAAAACGUAGCGGGCACCUUUUAGCAAACUCACACAAAAAACAGCCAGGAUAUCUCUAGCCCAAGCUCAAUCAUUUAGCUUGUGACAACAUUUGCUAGCCCGGGGAGUAGCAAUUGCAUUCCCGGGCAAUAAAUUCACCACCGGGCUUAGAUAAGCACUUUUAGUCCAAGGAGAAACCACUUACCUCUGGGCUAGCCCACAGGAAAAAUUCUCUUACUUUGCACUGCUUUCUGACAUGAAACUCGAAUCAAAGUGACAAAACCUCCCCUCCCUACCCCGCUGGUUUUCACACAAAACAAGUCCGCCACCCCCUUACGGAUAGGUCUGGGCCUGGGCUCUCAGCUGACACCUAGCAAGACGGCAAGCCGCCUGGUUUUUUCCGGCUACACUGGCUUGGACACGGGCGAUGCCCUUGUUCAAGCGAAAACUUAACGGGCACCUUUUAGCAAAAUCACACAGAUAUAUCCCCCCAUCACAUUUGAUGUGCCCACGAUGUUGUCAUUCAGCAGAUGCACGCCUGAGCACGUAAAUUGCCCUCCUGUUCGGUGUGAAUUAACUGUUCACCUACAUUCCUAGACAAAAAAUGAUUGGGCGUUAACGACGCUCACAACGCUUGCUGAUUAAUGGUUGAGUGGCCUAUAAAUAAGCAAACUCUCCGCGCCUGUGGCAACUGUGAUUAGUUCUUCGUCAGUGACAUCACUGCCACCAGGAGCCGCCUGCUGCUACCUACACCUACAUACAAAUUUCAGGGCUCGACGCUGCGACCUGUGGGGUCGCCAAUGCGACCAGCUUUUACUCAAUGACGACUACAUUUUCACGCCUGGUCGUCAGCCUGGCUGCCAAGAUAGGUUACUUUCUUCUUUGGGAAAACGUACACUAAUGAUAAUUUGUUAUCCUUUACAAAACUAACGGAUAGUUAACGGUUUUUCUAACGUUUUGCCGAGACGCUAUUACGGUUUGUCUAAACGUUUUAACGAUUUGUCUAAAUACUUUAACGAUUUCUUCCAACACUCUAACGGAUUGUUUUUAUGAUCUAACAGUUGUUAAGUCUAACAUUUGACUUUUACUUGAAAGAGGAUUGUGAAAAUCACAAGUGAUAAAUUCGACAGAAGUCUUAUCGACUUUAAUCGAUCGCAAUUCUCAACAGGUUGUCCUGUGUUUCUCCGGGAAUGACUUCUAGCGCAUCGAUUUAAAACAGUUUCUUUAUGUCGGACAUGUAUCUCGAUUGCGGACUCGAUUGCAGAUUAGUCUGAUAAGAGCUUAAGCUAUAUAAUCGAGAACGAACGGUGCUUAUGUCUCAAGCUUCUUUUAAACAACUUUAUGCAAAUUUCUGUUGAGCGUGACGACCCAAAUAAAAGCUCUGCCAUAUUUUAUUGACUUCUAAUGAAGUACCGUUGAACUCAUGCUGUUUGUCUAACAGACUUCUCGCGAAAUCAACUUCUUUGCCCGAAAACAUUAGCGACGUUUCCUCUUUCUGGAGACUUUCGAUCACGUGCUAAGCAACCGCGAAAUAGAUCAAGUUUCACCGAUGUUCAUUUCUGAACAUGCAAAUACAUGGGACGCAAAACAAAUUUUGCAGAUUUUGUUCUUUAAUAACCCAAAUAAUUUUGUUUUGUGAUUCCUAAAGUUUGUUUGUCUAAAUGUGCAUUCCAUUGCUUGAACAGCUGUUGGAGGAGAUUUACGCUUGAGUGUGGGUUCAUUUUCCCGAACACCGGCUGGUAAUCGAGCCUCGAGCGAAAACCGUUCGAAAGAAAUUUCAAAGGAAGGCUGAAGCAUUCUUUCUCUGUUAAGGCUAAGCAAAAGAUGUUAAGUUUAUUGUAUUCUAUUAGUUCUUAAAUAUAAUUUUUGGCGACUAGAAUACUUUUUCUGGCGACCAAUGACUUGAAAGCCAGCUGGCCGCAACAUUUUUUUCUGAAAGUCGAGCACUGAAUUUUCUUCUUAGUUGCUUUAAACACCAUGCCAUGUGCCUCGUCAAUAUAAGGAGUACCCAGAAAGGAGGGAUUAAAAUAACACUCGAUUUCCCUCCAUGGAGUCUUUCGGUGAGUGCAGUUUUUCUGGCGACCAAACAACUUGAAAGCCAGCUGACCCCAACAUUUUUUUCUGAAAGUCGAGCACCGAAUUUUCUUGUUAGUAGCUUUAAACACCAUGCCAUGUGCCUCGUCAAUAUAAGGAGCACCCAGAAGGGAGGGGUUAAAAUAACACUCGAUUUCCCUCCAUGGAGUCUUUCAGCGAAUCAUUUCGUUCGUUUGCCGAUCCACAAGUUCUUUACUGGUUCAUUGAAUGUUACAACGAAGUCGUUCCAUUAAUCGUGAACAAUUUUUUGAGUUUCUUACUCGAUUUAACAUUUGAAAUGCCCGACAAAUGAACAGUUUUUCUUCCUGUCGGAUCUGUUUUAUCUCAUUUCCCCCACAGGUCACUAGAAUUCCUCAACAGUUUCAGAACGCGGACGGGUGUGAGCUCUGUCGUGUUUGUUUGGUUUUUCUCGCGGUCGACAUCCCUCGAGACUGUUUACCCAUUUGGCUAUUUCGUUUUCGGACAGCGCACCGACUGCGAAGUUUUCGAAAGUAAAAGCUAUAACGAGACGGUUGCUGAAAGCUUUAAUGGAAUCGCUUCUUAAGAUUUUCUACUAUUUGCCAACGUUUAACACGGAAAAAAUUAGAAGUCUACGCUGAGGAUUCAUCAAUUACAGCGGCGACAAAUCUAUCAGUUAGGAAAGUUUUUAAUUUUUUAAAACAUGACGAGAGACAAGCUAAGUCAGUAUUCCUUCCCUUUCUUUUUAGGGCCAGUAUGUGUAGUUUCUAUCGCCGGACCGUACAGAAAAGGAAAGUCAUAUGUCUUAAGCGAGGUGUUUAGUCAACCAGAAGUAUUCCCUCUUGGACAUCAUCUCAGACCUGAAACCUUGGGAAUAUGGCUUUGGAUUGUACCAGAAGUAUUUAAGGUUAAUUGUUAUUCUAGUAAUGAUAUUGAAUAAAUACCAUACAUACAGGAAAAAAAAAGCCGUUUUGGAGUGUCUGUAAUAGAUUUAUACUGUAAAGUGUGGCAAUGUCUAGUUUUAUAAAGCUCGAAAUGUUAAUUUUCUUAAAAUGGUAUUUAUUAAAUUACAGUAAAUUGAUACAAUGCAUUCUAGGUACUGAAUAAAGAAUUAUACCGAACCAGUUUUAGUUGAUAAUUUCUCGAUGAUGCGUUCAUUCAAGACGGACUUUCGUCAAACAGCGCUCCAAGAUUCUUGUUGUUGUUGUUGUUGUUGUUGUUGUUCUUGUUCUUCUUCUUCUUCUUCUUUAUUGUUGUUGUUACUGUUAUUGUUAUAAUAAUUCAGUGUUAUUUUAAUUAUAUUUUUAUUAUUACGAUAGUCUCCAUAAAAGACAGAUGAAAAUUAAUUCGUUCUAUAUUUUAUAGGAUUCCACUGGCCAGGAAUUCAAGGUAGUACUACUUGAUUCCGAGGGAAUUGACUCUGUUACUUGUGAAGGUUAUGAUGACACCCAGAUUUUCACUUUGACGGUUUUACUGGCUUCGGUUUUAAUAUACAACUCACAAGGUGUUCCUACGCGGACAGAUCUUGAAGGGCUAAAGUAUCCUCUUAAUUAUAUAUAUAUAUUUUUUUAAUUUUUUGUAUUAAUUUCCAUUGCAUUGGGCUAAAAAAAAUCAUGUGCUUUGAUAUUUCAGUUAACUUAAAAACGCAAUAAUUAAAUCUUUCCAAGGAUUUAAACUUCCUUCACUAGUUUUCUAGGUAUAUCGUUAAACUCUCUCAGAGCAUCGAGGUGCGAUCAAAAGCUGAAGCUGGAAAAUCGCAGGAAGACUCAAAGUUCUUCUACAAAACAUUUCCUUUCUUCUUAUGGUUGCUACGAGACGUCACUCAGGACCUACCACCAAAUUGUAACAGCAUCAAAGACUACUUCUUGAAGGAGGUAUACUUUAUUUAAAUUGUUGUGACUUUUUAAUUAGAAUUCAUUUUCAGCAGCUGUGCAUUAUAACUUGCUUUAGCUCUGAUUCUAAAAAUACUAACAUGGAUGCUGACAGGUAACUGGACACAUGAGAAAAUAGGUAGAUUGUAACAUUGUUUUUGUUUUGACCCUAGCAGAACUCCUAUGUUUCUAGCUCUAGAAAAUUACUUCCCACACGACAUGUAGUCGAAAUACUCGUCGCCUUAAAGAAGAACAAAAAUGUUUUAGAUCAUAAAGAGUUUUAACUAAGCACUCUAAUCUUUAUUUACCGUUAACUUUCGUUUGACGAGUUUUAUGUCACUAACAGCCUGGGUAAACAUCUGACAUUGCUUAAUUUUUCAGGUCUUUAAGGUUCCCGAUUCAUCAUCAGCUGAAACUCAAGAUCGCCAAAAGGUUGCUGAAAGCAUCCUAGGUUAUUUCGCUGGUUUUGAGGCGUUUUCGUUACCUCCUCCAACUGCUGACAAAGAGCUGCUGAAGAAUAUCAAGGACAAUAAAAGUCAGAUGGAUCCUUUUUUCCAAGAAUUAGAUCAAUUUAAGAGCUUGCUGAAAAGUACUCUGACCCCUAAAAAGAGCUUUAAUGAAAGUGAGCUGGUUACUGGAGAAGGUACAGAUAUUUUCGUAAUUUUGAGGAGAGUACAAGACAACGGUUUCAUUUAUAGUAGCAAUGACGUGUAUGAUAUGCAAGUUUCUAGUCGAUAUUAGUUUCUUUCACUCGCACAUGGGAAAAGAAAGGGAGGUCUUAAUGUUGUUAUCAUAUCGCUCUUUUUAAAAUUAUUUGUUUUAUAAAAAUUAAUAUUGUGUUUCCUCCUCACAUUGAAAGCUAUGUUUCUGCCGACAUUAGGCAGAAAAUACUGCUCUGAAUACUCUUAUAUUAUUAGAGCUUAGGUCAUUUCCGUCGGUUCUUGACGGUAAGUGAUUGGUAUCUAGCCAGGAUUGUCGGCCCUAGUAUUGAACAUUUGGCAUCAGUUUAUCGGCUGGUUUUGGUUUCAGAGACCCACUUAUAUCCAGAAAUGCACCCAAUGGCGAAAAUGGCGAAUCUGGCAAAAAAUCGCUAGAGGUUUGGCGAAAAUGUAUAAAGAGAUUCAGUUACAAGGCGUACUCUUUGUAAAGUAGCGAAGUUGGCGAAAAUGGCGAAUGUGGCAAAAAUCUGCCAUGGGUUUGGCAAAUAUUCAAAUUUGGUGCCAAAAGUGGUCCUUUGGAGAGCGGAGAUUUAAUUGACAAAAAUUGCAAACAUGACUAUAGGAAAAUUUGCCCAAAAUGUUACGCGAUUUAAUCUACUGAUAACAUCACCUUUCUAUGGAAACAGUCGGUCUUGGAGACAUCUUUUAAACUUCCAAAUUUUUAACAAUCUCAACACAUAUAAUAGUAAAAUAAUGAUUCUACCUUAUAUGUUAAACAUUUAAUAUCAAGGUAGCCUGCAUCGCAGAUGUAAUCUUACCCUGGUUAGUAACGUCUGCGAAGCAGCACUGAUAUCCUUGU